AAGGUUACUUUCCUUCAUAAGUCAUUCUUAACACGUAGAUUUGAUAAGAAAAGGCUUAUCUGAUAUGGGGUUAAUCAGUACUAAAAAUAAAUCAUCUAGUUUAAUACUGCAGCGAAUAGUGUAAAUGAGCCACGACUAUUGCAAAUCUUGUGUCUGCCUGAGUUUCCGCCUUAUGAUUAAUCAAUAGCUCGUAUUGAUCGUCGGUAUACUGAAGCAAGCGAAUACCGGUUUCAACCGCUUUCCGAUUUAACAAUUAAAAUACAUGCUGUAUAAGCAGUCAGCCGCGAGAACGCGUGGAACUAUUAAAAGAAGGAAACCAGUGUUAAAAAAAAACACAGAUUAUCUAAAGUUCAAUGGAAAAUAUUUAAAACGGAAAGUGUUAAGAAUUGGACUAUCAAAUACGAAAUCUCUCGGAGACACUAGCUAUGACUACGGAAAAGAGCAGACAGUCAGCGAAAGAAACAGAAACUAAAGAAAAUAUACCUUCACCUCCAGAUGGCGGGUGGGGUUGGGUUAUUGUGUUCGCGGUUUUCACUGGAAACUGCCUAAUGGAUGGAUGUGUAGGAUCAUACGGUAUAUUUUAUCCGGAGCUGUUGAGAGCCUUUGAAUCGGGACCAGUGAUAACAUCUAUGGCAGGGUCUCUGUUACCAGCAGUACACAUGAUGUCAAGUCCUCUGGUGGGUAGAAUUAAUACGAAAUAUGGCAGCCGACCUGUGUGUUUUGUAGGUGGGUGUAUCGGUGGUUUGGGCCUGAUCUUGGCAUCCUUGUCUUACAACAUGGCUAUGUUUAUGAUCGGUUUUGGUGUAAUACUAGGUAUUGGUAUUAGUAUGAACUUCCUACCAGGUCAUGUGAUCACAAAUAAUUACUUCGACAAGAAGCGUGGCAUUGCCGGGGGUAUUGUCUGCUCUGGUGCUGGCUUUGGAAUAUUUAUCUUGGCACCAGUUUUACAGCUUUUGCUAGAGGAGUAUGGUUGGAGAGGGACCAUGCUGAUAACAGCCGGUAUAUUUAUGCAGUUAUGUGCUUGUUCAACUUUGCUGAGACCGUUAUGUACAAGGAAGAAAAUAUCAGAUAAGGUAUUGAAAGAGUCAGACAAAACUGAAAGCAACGAGUAUGUUCUAAUGAUAUCAAAUGAUGUCGAUGAAUGUCACACACUAAAAGACACAGAAGUAAAAAGUGAUAUUAUACAUUUGAAAUGCUUUGAAUAUCAUACUCAAACGCAGCUGAAAACAGAUAUCGAAGAAAACCUCGACUGUUUCGAGCAAAGUCAACACCAUCCAUUGAGAAGAAUUACAAUGAGGGACAGAUGUGCCAGUGAUGACACACUAGCAGUUAAACAUAAACUAGCGAGACAAGAUCUAGGUAUAAAAUACACCAUUAAAUCACUACAGGACAUUCCAAGUGACAAAUACACUAUAAAAAUGGAAGAAUUUCUAAGAAAUUCACAGUUUAUACAUCCAGUCGUAGCACUUGCACAAAGCCAACAAUUUUCCGAUGAAAUUGACUCCUGUAUAGUCUCAGAACAUGGAAGCGAACAAGUUAUACGAAAAACAUCGCUUCUUUGUAAAACUACACCUUGUGACAUGUCAAUACUUAGGAACAAAACAUUUAUUCCAAUAUUACUGGGUGGAGUGCUUAUACAGAUGGGUCAGUUUAUACCAAACAUGUUUAUACCAGAAUACUGCUUCAGUAUCGGAUUAGACGGUACACAAAUGUCAGUUAUAAUGGCUAUUUAUGGUGCUGUGAAUAUAUUCGGUCGCCUCUCUGCUGGAUGUUUAGCUAAUAUUGACCGUAUUGACGCAUUAUGGUUAUGCAAUGUGGGCGUGUUCAUAUGCGGUAUAGGCUGCAUAGUGUUUUUUCUGUGCACCACUUUUGAAUCAUUAUGCAUCUUUGCCAUAGGCAUGGGCUACUUUAUAGGAUAUUUCCCGCCUUUACAAAUUAUGGUUAUAGUGGAGUGCCUUGGAAUUGAUAAACUGACAUCAUCUUUGGGUCUCCUACAAAUGGCAAAAGGACCUGCGGCUUUGUUUGGACCUCCUUUAGCGGGUUUGGUUUACCAGUACAGUCAGAACUAUGCUAUGUCCCUUGGAUUUGCUGGGAUAUUGUUUCUACUGGCAGCAGGGAUUCAGUCAAUUGUCCCUCUCGCAAACAUUUGCUGUAAAGACAGAGAAACAAAGACAUUGAACACAGAUGUAGAAAUACUUGUCAGCUAGUAAUUUUUCAUUGAAACGCGAGAUGACGCGAGAUGUCGCAGCCAUAUGAGAGAUAUCUUUCGUUUGAAAAACGCUUACCGCAUGAACGUAUAUUAUGUGGGAAGACUUGAUUCAACUCAAUAAUGGGUAUUAAGUCAGUGACGGUUUUUUUAGAUAUAUUGUUAUCCUACAACAAAGUUACAUAAUAGGUUUGAAAAAACGAGUGCUUUGAAAUUUACAAUGAAUGUAUGACACUUUCUAGAUUGGAUAAAGAUACUAGUGGUAAAAUAAUAACGAAAUCUAGAAAUGCUCCAAAUAUUAAAACGUUUUCAUACAGUAAACCAAGCGCAGUUCAGCACUUAGUCUAGUCGGUUUACGUGUGGACAACUGGUCAGCGGCCAUAUGCUUGUAUUAAUGUCGCUUGCCUGUUACAAUACGCAAACAGUUUAAAUACAAGAAGUUCGAAAUUUAAGUGUAGAAUGUAUGGAGUCAUACGUACGUUCAUUUGGCGCAUGGAUGAUGCUGCUUGAUGUAGUUUUGUUUCUGGUGUGAAAGUAGAACAGUUUGAGUGUUAUUGUAUCAUCUUUCGAAACAGAAUUUCAUUGAUAAUAGAAAAAAUCGACCAAAGACCAUAUGACUCAAUAAAGUUGAAAUGGGAGAUCAAUCAGUGCAUGUUUUGCAUUGCUGAUGACUUCAGCGGAAGUAAGAUGAUUUAGACAGAAUUUUUAGUCAGCUGAUACGAAAUGACUAAAUUGUUAAGUGCCAAACUCCUCACAUGGUGUAUCCACAAGUAUCUUACUAAUUUCACCACUUCCAUGACAUCAAACCUGACACUUCAAAUUAAGAUGGUUCGAUAUUUCGACAUGAUUGUCCAAAGUUGCACUGUCUCAUGGCGAAAUAAAUAUUCCCUUCACCGAUGUCUUGUUUUUCUCCAUACAAUAUUGUUGACUAUCAGGAUUGGCUCAUUGCAGGCUCCGUUCAAAAAAAAAAAAGUAGAAAAAAAAGAAAAACAACACACAAAGUCGAAUUUCAUUCGAGUUAGGAUGAUUCGAACACAAUACUUUUGUUCGAACUCGUCGUUCGGGUAACCCCAAAAUCCCAUUGUUGUAUAUUGUUUCUUGUUUGUUUUGGGUUUAACGCCGUUUUUCAGUAUAUUGUUUCAGUUUCUCGAAGUACCGAUAACUCGAACAAAGUUUGUCGUUCCCGUCUAGUUUGAGCGAACGAAGUUAUGAAUAUGUAUGUAUAGAUGUAUACAGUUAGCAAAUCGAACGAUUUAAGAGCAUGAUGUCAGCAAAUGUAGAGUUUUUACACUUUCAGUUUGAUGGAAAAGAGAGGCAGGUGUUAGUUUUGCAAUCGAAAAUUGUGAACUAUGUCAUAUCCAUUUUCACUAUUUUGUUCUUGACUAAAAUAGUAUACGUAAGACUUUUGUUGUUUAUGUUCUAUGAUUUUUAAGUGCUACUUGAGAUGGUGGCAUAUUUCUGCCACGAGAUAGCUAGGUAGCUAUCGCGAUACCGAAGCAAACGUAGAGAUCUUACAUUGCUAACAGAAACUUUCAGUUUGAUAGAAAAGAGACACAGCUGUUAGUUUUGCAGUCAAAAAUUGUGAACUACGUCAUAUCUAUUAUCACUAUUGUUAAUUUGUUGUUGACUAAAAUAAUAUGUAAGAUUUUGUUGUUUAUGUUCUAUGAUUUUUAAGUGCUAGAUGAGAUGAUGGCAUAUUUCUGCCACGAGAUAGCUAGGUAGCUAUAAAUAUCUAAAUAGUCGAACGUUUCCUGGACAUAUUAUUGCGAUAAUUUACAUUAUUAUCUCGAUACGUUGUGCCCGCAGUUCGAUUAUGUUUGCGGGAAAAUGCAAAAGUUAGCCGGAAAGAAUAGAAUAAUAUUGUGAUAGAUACCAAGCAUCUCGUGACAGUUUCAAGCAUUACCGCGAAAUUUUGCGCUUAACAAUUUCAUUUAUAAAUGAAAUAUCUAGAAAACAUUAUUUCUUGCAAAAAUGCACACAUUUCCAGGAAAGUUUACAAUAAUAUUGCAUUAGUUACCUAGCUAUCUCGUGGCAGAAAUAUGCCACCAUAGGUUGAGUUCCACUGUUUUAAGAGUUACUUGUUAAUGGAAAUAUUUUCUUGAGGAAAAUGCUUAUUGAAGAGUAAAUUUUUCCUGAUUA